AUGUCCAACGUCAAGGAAAUCGCGCCCUCCCCUACCGAGGCCGACCUCGAUUCGAAGUCCUCUGGUGCCGUCAGCACCACCCCCGCGACCUCCGCUGCUCAGCAGAGCGACAAUAUUGCCCAUGCGUUGGCCGGAGCGGGUGGUGGCCUUCUCGCGAUGACCCUUACCUACCCCCUCAUCACCCUCUCAACCCGCGCACAGGUCGAGUCGAAGCGAGCUGAUACCUCCACAAUCGCCGCUGUGAGGCACAUCAUUCAGCGGGAAGGUCUGGGCGGGCUCUACGCAGGACUCGAGAGCGCCCUGUUUGGUAUUUCGGUCACCAACUUUGUCUAUUACUAUUGGUACGAGUGGACCCGCGCCUUCUUUGAGAAAGCGGCCGUCACAGCAGGUCGGGCCAGCAAGAAGCUCACCACUGUGGAGAGCAUGAUUGCCGGCGCAAUCGCGGGGUCGGCAACUGUCCUCCUCACCAACCCUAUCUGGGUCAUCAACACAAGGAUGACUGCCCGGAAGAGUGAAUCUGGAGAAGGUGAACUUCCGGGUGGUGAAAAGAGACAGGUCAAGAAACCCAGCACCAUCGGGACCUUGUUGAGCCUUCUCAAGGAGGAGGGGCCUUCGGCGCUUUUCGCCGGCGUGCUUCCGGCUUUGGUCUUGGUGAUCAACCCGAUCCUACAAUAUACGAUAUACGAACAGUUCCGCAACUUUUUGGAGAAGAAGAGGAAGUUUGGUCCUCGUGAUGCCUUUUACCUGGGUGCUCUGGGCAAGUUGCUGGCGACGACCAUCACGUAUCCAUAUAUCACUGUCAAAGCCAGGGCCCACGUGGCAAGCAAAGAUGAUCCCCAUGAGGGAAUGUGGAAGAGCCUGAACAGAAUCGUCAAGGAGGAAGGCUGGGGCGGCUUGUACAAGGGUCUCGUCCCUAAAGUCAGCCAGAGUGUCUUGACUGCAGCUUUCCUUUUUGCCUUCAAGGAUGUUCUGUAUGACAUGACCGUCGACAUGCGCAGAAGGGCAAAGGCCAUCAAAGCAUAA